AUGGAUGAAAAUAUUAAUCCAGUUGUUUGUCUCUCAAGUGAAACUUUUGAAAUGAUUCUCAAUCAUUUAACCGGAAGAGAAUUGAUUAGAUUAACUGAAGUGUCACCAGAAUGGGAUACAGCAAUUGGAGCUUCACAUAUUUUAAUGAAUAAAAUAAAAGUUCGGAUCACAAAUGCACAUCAAAUGUCUCGCAUCAUGGAUGAUUUCAAAAGUUCAGUGUUGAUGAGUCCACGACUUUAUCAGCAUCUUGAAGUGACAAAGAACUCGAUACCUGGUGGAUUAAUUUGCGAAAUAUUGUCACGUCCAAAUCAAUGUUGGAGAACUUUGAAAGCAAAAUGCAUUCGAUUUGAAUCUGAAUUCACUGACUUUAUGAGUCUAAUCGAAUCAUCAAUUGAAGAGUUGGAAAUUGAAGAAGCUGUGAAAUGUUAUUCAUCAAUGGAAUGGUCAUUAGAUGCACUUGAUGCUAUUGAUCAUAACGUUGCCAUUAUUGAACAGCUUCGAUCAUUGACACUUCCCAAGUUGAAAGUCUUCCGAACUAAGCGAAUGUAUCCACAAAUGCUCUACGAAGCCUUCGCAAAUUGCCAGAACCUCAAUGAGCUCAAAACAACGGCUGGAACUAUUCAUAUUUCGUUCAUUCAAAGGAUUCUCGUUCAAAAUAAACAUUUAGAAGUUCUACACAUCUCAUCGUACUUCUUUCGAACACUUUUCUUAACCAACUUUUGCGCUGACAUUCUAAAGAAUUUAAAAUCUUUUGCUGUUUAUGGACCAUUUAAAACCGACGAUGUUAAAAUGAAGACUUUGCAAGAAAAUUUUCUGAGUUUCUUGCAUUCUCACAAACACAGUCUUGAAACCUUUUCUAUUGAAAGUUGGAUUGGUGCAGAUGCUUUAAACUACCUGUUCAAUUUACCACAAUUGAAGUGUUUAACAAUAAAGAAAGACAAGUUGGAAGAGACAAGCGAUUGGACAUCUUUAAAAUUAAAGCCAAGCAAAUCGAUUGAAAGUCUUGUAAUUUUCGAUCGAAGUCAAACUUUUAAUGUGAUGAAAACUUUUCUCAAAGCAACACCAAAUAUCAAAGAUUUGAGCUUAUUUUUGAUGAAUCAAGAAGAAAUGGAAUAUUUAUCAUCAAACUUUCCUCAACUCAAAUCACUCAAAAUUCGUACACUUACAGCCAGUGAUUUUCGUGACUUAAAUUUGUUUCCAAAUCUUGAAUAUUGUUUUGUCGAUACAUUUUUUGUGAAUCCUUAUGACGAGAUUAACAACGAACACUUCAUCAAAAAAGGAACAAGUCGCUUUGUUGAGCUUUUUAUUAAAAACUUUAACUAUUUUUUAUAA